UCGGAAUAACUUCUAGUACAAAUUGAAAUUCUGAAAAAUCUGAAACGGCAACAGACGUUUUGUUGACGUGUAGAGGUGACCAAAAAAUUGGUUGAAUUUUUCGAAAAAAUGAUUAAAAACGCAUAUUUAACGCUCAUAGCUUUUCUUCUAGCAAUAGAUAUAUCAUACGGCCUGUAUUUCCACAUCGGCGAAACGGAAAGAAAAUGUUUCAUAGAAGAAAUUCCAGAUGAAACGAACGUCAUCGUAAAUUAUAAGGUUGAACUGUACGAUCCACGAAGUGGAGGAUUCAUGCCUUCAUCAGCUGGUAUCGGAAUGCAUGUUGAAGUGCGGGACCCAGAUGACAAAGUCACUUUAUCUAGGGUGUACAGUGCAGAGGGAAAGAUCUCAUUCACUUCACAUAUUCCUGGAGAGCAUGUGAUCUGUAUGUACUCAAAUAGCACAGCUUGGUUCAGUGGAUCACAGCUCAGGGUGCACUUGGAUAUUCAAGUGGGAGAACAUGCUAUCAACUAUGGAGAAGUAGUACAGAAAGAAAAGCUUUCAGAACUUCAGCUGAGAAUAAGGCAGUUGCUAGACCAAGUUGAUCAGAUCACCAAAGAACAGAACUACCAGAGGUAUCGAGAAGAACGUUUCAGGCAAACCAGUGAAAGCACCAACUCCAGAGUCCUUUGGUGGUCAGUGACCCAAACAGCAGUACUUUUAGUUAUGGGAGCAUGGCAGAUGAAACAUUUGAAGAGUUUUUUUGAAGCCAAAAAAUUGGUCUAAAUGAUAAUUAAAAGACUGAGUACAAAUCCAUAAAAAUUUUGUAUUGAUACAAUAUUUGUUUUUUUUAUAUUCAGUGUAUUUGGUGGACUAGAAAUUCUGAAUUCUAACCUGUUUUACAAAUAAUUUUGUGUUGAUGGAAUAAUUAGGACAUUCAAAUUAAAUCAUUUUCAUUAAAAAUUGUUAGAAUAUUGCUCCAAUUCAAAAGGUAACUGGUACUUUAGGAAUUACAUCUACACAUUCAGAAAUGGGAAAUAUUCAGGAAAAUCCCAUAGCUCUGUCCAAGUAAUUUGAAAAUGUUUUUUUCUCUGGUUCUGGAUAUUUCUUUAAUAUUGAAAAAUCUUUCCUUAAAGUGCUGUUCAAGUUAUCACAUGUAGUAAAAUAUAGAAAUUCCUUCUUUUGCAACUCUUCAGCCAACUCCAUUUGGUGAUUGUUCAUUAAAUCCUCAUUGAUGACUACCACCAAAGGUUUGUGUGUUUUCAACACUUCCAGACAAGUGCCAGCACCAGCAUGGCUUAUUACUAGAUCACUUUCCACAAUUUGCUGUUGAAAAUUUGGAAAAUAGACAUUGUAGACUAAUGUAAGCUUUUUAUCUAUGAUAAUGGAAUGUGAGUCAUUGAUUUUUUCAAUUUCAACAGGUAAACUCAAAUUUGGAUCCAGCCUCACUUUUGAAAAGCCUCCUCCUGUUUGUAACUGAACAUUUGUGUAUCCAAGCUCUAUCAGGGCAUGUAUACAUUCUUUUGUUGUUAUUGUGUCUAUUAGCUUAGGAAAACUUGUGGUACCCACAGUUACAAAUACCUUUUUAGGGCUCAUUUGACUAUAUUUCUGGGUUUUUUGAUUGUUUUUGUUUAUAAAAUGAAAUAAUGAAAAUUAUCAAUUUUCAGCACUGUGAAGAUAGCAGCAUCAGCAAUAUUGUUUUGAUGUUUUGUAUUUGAAGUUUGAAG